AAGUGUUUUAAAAAAGUGCAAGAUUAUUACAAAUUAUUUAAGUAAUUUAAGGCAAAAAAGACACACGAUUUUUCUCGAUUGUAAAAGCCUGUGAAUUUUGUAUAAUUUCUAGUUUUGCACGAUAACAUGUCGAAACAAGAGGAUACGCCAAUUAUAGUAGAUUUUAAGCAACGCCAAUUAGGUGGAGUUGCAAAUUACGGUUCGGCAGGUAAUUUGGAAAGUCCUGGUUCCCCGGCAAGCUCUUCUAGUGAUCAUAACAUUAAUAACAAUCAUCCAUCACAUUUAGUGGAAAAAAAAUCAUCAGUUUUCUGUUUACAUGGGCAACGUAAAAUAGAAGUGCGUGAUUAUUGCUAUGGCUCACGUGUUGAAGGUGUUGAUAAGAGAGCACGCCGUAAGCUAAUAACUGCUAGUAUUUUAUGCUUAUUUUUCAUGCUAUGUAUGAUUGUAGGUGGUAUUCUAUCCAACAGUUUGGCAAUUGCUACCGAUGCUGCUCACUUGUUAACCGAUUUGGCCAGUUUUUUGAUAUCAUUGUUUGCCAUAUGGCUUGCCGGUAGACCAUCAACUGAACGUUUCUCCUUUGGUUGGUAUCGUGCUGAAGUGAUUGGUGCUUUGGUUUCUGUUAUUAUGAUUUGGGUAAUUACCGCCAUAUUAGUCUGGUUGGCCAUUGAACGUUGCGUAACUCAAGAUUUUGAAGUUAACGCUGCCAUCAUGUUGAUUACCUCUGGUAUAGCUAUUGUUGUCAAUUUAAUUAUGGGUUUCCAAUUGCAACAUGGUCAUGGCGUAGGUAUGGCUCAUGCACAUUCCAGCGGUGAUGGUCUAAUGGCAAAAUUAAAAUUUAAAAAAUCGAAAUCAAAUAGCGUUCCCGCUAAAGCAACGCUGGAAACCAUUGUGACUGAUGCAGGUCAUCAGCAUGGUCACGGUCAUGGGGUUAAUAUAAAUGUGCGUGCCGCGUUCAUACAUGUCUUAGGCGACAUGUUGAACAGCGUGGGCGUUUUUGUGGCUGCAUUGAUUAUCUAUUUUCGGCCACAGUACGUUAUAGCUGAUCCCGUUUGCACAUUUAUAUUUUCGAUUAUCGUUUUGUUUACCACAUUUGCUAUCAUGAAAGACGCUCUAUUGGUUUUGAUGGAGGGUACACCUAACUUUUUAGAGUAUACGGAAAUACUCAAUGUUUUCAAGCGAAUCGAGGGAGUAGAACGUGUUCAUAACCUCCGUAUUUGGGCUUUAAGCAUUAACAGAGUCGCAUUAUCAGUACACUUGGCAAUUGGCGAAGGUGUCGAUGCGAAAAAAGUUCUAGAAACAGCAACUAUUGCCGUUCAUAAACGUUAUCAUUUCUUUGAGACAACCAUACAAAUUGAAGGAUUUUCACCCGAAGUGGAAAUUUGUGCAUAAUGACACCCAUUGCUAUUAAAAUUAAAGCAAACGAUAAAUUUGGAUUUAAAACAAUUUGCAGGGAAAUCUCACGUAUAUUCUGCAUAAACUAUUUUGCCAUUAAAAUAUUUACACUCUCUCUUUCUCUCUAGCUUCGUCUUAUAAUGGCUCUCUGCAAUUUCGUUUGUCCUUAUUUUCGUUUUUGACUGUUGUAUGACAGCACAUAAAGAAAUCAUUUCAUAUUUCAGUCUUAUAUGCAUCCAUAUGUACGCUUUAUUAACUUCAUUUUGCUCAUUGCAAAUGGCAAAGUAUUGUCAUUCUCUUGUUUGCGGUUGCCUUGUGUACGCGUUCAAUAACGAAAAAUUACAUUUCUUAUAAGCAUUGCUUUUUCGCUUUUGCCUUGUGUACGCGUUCA